GUCUCUUAGAAACUGUUAUCAAAUUUGGUUAAACUGAAUUCUCCAUUCAAAGUUAUUCAAUUAGUUCUUCAUCACACGUCCAACUUUACCUAUCAGUUGGUGUAUUUUCCUUCUCUUUUCUUCACUUUGUUUAUAGAAUUCUCCCCUCUACCAAACAAACAUUGAUCAUGUGAAGCUUGACUUCUAGUACGUACAAAAAAUUAUUAUAACUUGAGAGCAAAGCUAUAGGCUUAUUACAAAAAAGGCUUUUGGUUUAUUUUCAUAGAAUUUUGAGUUGGGGGAGUUGAAGGAGGAAUUAUGAUGAGGGAUAGAAUGGAGAGAUUUGUCUUGCUUCCUUUUUCUGUUGGGUGUGUUUCUGAAUCCAGCGUUGCGGUGGCUGUUCAGCGGCAGCCACCGCAGCGGAGAUCGUCGUGGUCAAAGCCAGCUGCUGCAGAGAUUAAGAACACUUCCAAUGCAAUAAAGAACCGGGAUGAAGAUGAAGAAAGUCUAUCAAGUGAAAGCAUGAAGAGUAGUUCAUUCAGGUUUCUGUCCAAUUCAAAGCCUGAUUUAUCUACUGGUUUCCAUAGGCUCUGUAAGAGCUUCAAAAACUUCUCUCAAUUGUUUGUGUACAAGGAAGAAGAGAUGGAAGAGGUAGAGAAAGAGAUAGAAAUAGGGUUUCCAACAGAUGUGAAGCAUGUCACCCACAUUGGACUUGAUGGUUGCACAACAACAACAACAACAACAAAUAAUACUCAAAAUAGUAAUUCCAUUAAAUGGGAAAAUCUCAUGGCUGCUGGCCUCCUUUCUUUCAACCAAUUUGAUCAGUUUUCCACUGCACCUGCUGAUGAUGGUAAUGAAGAAAGAGAAGCACUUCCUGAACGAGCACAAGUGAAGAAGAAGAAGAAGAAUCUUAAUCAUUUUUUUAAUCAACUUAAUUAACUAGCAAUCAUAUACAGUAAUGAUAAUUAAGCACCACAGCUUAAUUCCCUCUCCCUCUCUCUCUCUUGUAUAUUUCGGUGUCUAAAUCUUGACUAUAAUCAGAUUAUUAAACUCCCCUCUGCCUCUCCUCA